AUGGGGUGUUCGGGGAGCAAGGCUCGGGCAGCCCGCCCUUUCACAGAUGAAUCUAGAACGCGUCUUGAUAACCAAAACACCGGAGACGCUGACGCUGAGGCACACCAAGCAGGGGCCUUAGGGCUUGCCACACGCACAGGUGCUGCGGGGGGCGGGCCUAAGGCUCACGGUGGUGCCCCGUCUGGUAAGCCUGAGGACGAGGAUGUGGACCCCCUAGCAGGCAUAGACCUGACCAUCCCUGAGGACUGUGAGGAGGUAGUGAUGAAGAACGGAGUGACGUACAGAGGGGAAUGGCGCAACGGCAAGCAGCACGGGAGGGGGGAGCAGCGGCAGGCCAUGGGCGUGGUGUAUACGGGACAGUUUAGUCAGGGUCAGAUUGAGGGCUUUGGAAGGCUUACUAGGGCAGACGGAAGCAAAUAUGAAGGAGAGUUCGUUAACGGGAAGGCGGAAACGCGUACAAGGCCCGGGGUGUACACCUUCCCAGAUGGGUCCAAGUACGUGGGCCAAUGGAGGCAAGACAAGCGCCAUGGGGAGGGUUGUGAGACUCUUUCUGACGGCUCUCAGUACAAAGGGCAGUUUGUUGACGGCCUCAAAUGCGGCAAGGGGCGCAUGAGGGCCUCCAAUAGCGACACAUAUGAAGGGGACUUCGUACAGGGGGAAAUGAGCGGGCAUGGUGUGUACACCUGGCCCGACGGCCGAGUCUACGAAGGCGAGUGGAAAGGGAGCCGAAUGCACGGGAAAGGGGUGUUUUUCUUUCCUGACGGCCGCAAGUACGUGGGGGAUUUCGUAGAUAGCAGGAUGGAAGGAGAAGGCUGCUUGACGUGGCAGGACGGAUCCUCCUUUAAGGGACAAUUCAAGAACGGUCUGCCACACGGCGAAGGCAGACACACUCCUAAGGGGGGAACCCCUACUGCCCUUGCUCUCUGGAACAAAGGAGUUCGAGUUAAGUGGUUGGAGGACCUAAACCCUGCUGCUGAAAACGCCACGAAGGCCUCAGCAGCAACAGAAUCAGGGAUUCCCAAUGCAGCGACCGGAGCAGCACCGGGAUCAACACCAGCAGCAGCACAGUGA